AUGGUCAAGGAAGUGUCGUCCGCCGCCGAGUUCGACGGCGAACUCAACACGGCAGGUUCCAAGCUCGUCGUGGUCGACUUUCACGCCACAUGGUGUGGACCAUGCAAAGUAAUCGCACCCAUCUUCCAGCGGCUGGUGUCGCAGUAUACCAACGUCGUCUUCCUGAAAGUUGAUGUUGACCGCGUACAGCCAGUCGCACAGAAGUACAGCGUCCGCGCCAUGCCUACGUUCCUUUUCCUCAAGAACAAGAGCGUCGUCGAUACUCUUCAGGGUGCCGACCCCAACCGGCUUAGUGCGCUCGUUAAGCAGCACUCUUCGGGCGCCUCUUCAGCGUUCUCGGGUGCGGGCCAGACGCUGUCGGGCAGCAGCACUUCUUCCCGACCGUUUGGCGCGCGCUCCGUUGCCGGCAUCACUGACGGCCAUUCUUCCCUCCUCCAGACUGUGGAGCUCAAACAAUCUUUGGCAUUGAACGAAAAGUCGGAUCACAGGCUGCAAGACAUUCUCACUGGAUCCAGCGGCGGAAAUUGGCUAGAGAGCGAUGCCGACGAGCAGCUCUUGAUCCUUCUUACUUUCAAGCAACAGGUCAAGCUAUCGGGGAUCCUGCUUCGAACAUUACCAUCCCAACUCGCACAUGCACCCAAACUGAUCAAGGUGUUUGCGAAUCGACCGGGUCUUAGCUUUGACGAUGCCACAGCAGACACGGCCGAUCAGGAAGCUGAGCUUUCCGAGGAGCAUGUUCGUGGAGGUGAAAACGGAGGUGGCGGAAAGGCCUUGUCCCUGCGUUUCGUCAAGUUUCAAAAGGUGGAUUCUCUCAUCAUCGCUGUGCUCACCAACCACGGUGAUGCAGAGACCACUCGCGUUGACGCAAUUGACGUCUUUGGUGUGGCGGACCAAGCUACAGACAUGAGCGAGUUGCAAAAGAUUGCUGCCGAGGGUGAAACUCGAGACAUGGACUUUCGCACCGCCUCGAGGUCUGGACUCAAAGGCGGCAGCAGCUCGUCUGCUAGUAACAGAACAGGUUUCAAUGCGCCACGGAGCUCUUCGAUUCCCGACAUGUCCACUUACACUCAGCGCCCUCAGCGGCACAGCCGAUCGCUUUCCACCUCGAGCCUCAAUGUUUCGCGACCCGGAAGCAGGCGUUCGACUUCCUCGACAUCAGCUCCUCCGAUGCAGCAUCUAGACGAGGAAGACGAGGAUGACUAUGCUGACGGCAAUGACUACUCAAGACGCGAUCAGCACCAGCAGCAGCAGUACCAGCAGCAAGCCGGCUUUGUUCCGCUCGCACCACCUUCCCUGACCGAGGAAGAGGAAGCCGAGUUUGAGGCUGCUCAGAAAGCCGCACGCGACACGCUCGGAGGCUGGCACUUUGCUCCGCUCGGUGUAGCACUUGCGCCGCCACUCGGUGCUCUUUUGGGUGGUCACUCGGAUGCAUGGUCCGAUGCCAUUCUGCUCAUCCUCGCCAGCUUCUGGCUCUACCAGUUCCUCCGCGUACCUUGGGACAUCUAUCACGCCUCAAGGACCCGUCAUGUCCUCACACACGAUCAAGAUGAGGAUGAAGAGGAGGAAACCGAACAGAUGCUGUCGGAAGGUGCGCCUUCUGCUCCCAAAUCGCCCGCCGAGAAAGCGGAGCAGGCGCAGGCUCGUCGCGCAGCCGCUGCUGAGCUUCGACGCUCCGAACUGCUCAGCCUCGUCUUUUGCGUGCUGAGCCCUCUCCUGGGCGCCUACAUGCUUCACUGGAUGCGCGAGACCAUGACCGACGGUAACAAAUAUCUCAACACGUUCAACAUUCGUCUCUUCACCCUCGCGGCUGGCAUCAAGCCGUGGUCUCACGCCAUCAGCCUCGUUCAGCGAAGGAUGCUGUAUCUGCACGAGGAGGUCCACCAUCCCUCGUCUAAGGUCGAAAAGAUGAAUCAGCGCCUCCGUCGCCUCGAGGCCGACCUCUCGAGCUUGCGCAAGCUCUACGCCACCAAGAAUGAUCUGCGCGUUCUGCGCGAUCACGACGUUCAGCUCGGUCGAGCCGUGCGUCGCUCCGAGAGGAAGGAAGAGCACCUCAGGCUGUCAGCUGAGGAAAAGUUUAGCAUCGUCGAAGGCAGGUUGGAGGACCUUCUCCGCGAGGUUGCCAUCAACGCAGAGCUGAUCGAGGAGGAGCGCAGGGAGAGGGAGACGGCGGCAAGCCUGCGCGUCUCGUUCUUUGAGGCAGUCAAGUAUCUUCUCGGCUCGGGUCUCACGGUUCGUCGCGCCAGCCCCAAGCAUUACCUCCGCGACAUGCCUCGCAGCCUGCCUUCUACAGCUGCGCUUGGCAUCGGUGCCGCAUCGCCCGAUGCAGAGAUCACCUUUGAACAUCAGAUGGCAGGUGCGUCUCUACCCGCUGGAGACUUACGUACCACCCCAAGCGCAUCUUUCGCCUUUCCGGCCGAUGCACGGUGGGACAAGUCUCCUCCUACACAGAGAGGCACUGGAAGCUUCCCGCGCGAGACUCUGGCUGCUCCUUUUGACCCUCGCUCCGAGCAUAUCGACGGCGGGGUCAUGGUGCCACGAUCGCACUCGCAACACAAUGCUCACCAGGUUUCUGACCCCUGGUGGGAACGCGGUGUGGCUUUCUAUCUCUUCCUUCCUCUCAACGUUUCGAGCGCUGCCAUUCGCUUUGCCGGCGAUAAAGUGAAGAACAUUCUGGAGGACUCGGAGAACGAGGCAGCACGCAAUCAGAGGAAGACGCUCCAAUACCAAAAGCAUCUCGCCGACCAGCAACUUCAGCAGCACCAGCGCAAGAUCUCGGAGCAGCAGAUGCUCAGCCCCGCACGCAGCCGUGCCAAUCCGCCGACCAUCAAGAUCGCGACCGCACCCUCUGCGUCGGUCGACACUCGUACCGGCUGA